AUGUUAUUCCUUCAGAAAUUUUUCUUCAAUAAAACGUUUUCCACCCUAACCCUUCUGCAUUUACUUGCGCUGGUGCACACAAAGGUGAUAAGCGAUUGUGCUGCGGUUACGUCGGGAAACGCGGAAUAUAUAGAAAAUACGAAUACGGCUUGCAAUUCACUCUAUCCAUUUAUUUAUUGUAAUUCAACAUUUUCGGCCUAUUGUACGCAAGAGAAAUGCUUGGAGGAAUACGAAUGCACGAGUGCGGAGUUGCUCACUGCUGCACCAACUUCUAGGCCAUCAAUCGCAACGGCAGCUUCACCCAUACCGUCCGGCGCUCCAAUCAUCACGACAACUUCGCCAACGACAUCCAGUGUAACAACCACCUCGACAACUGCUUCAGAGCCAAGCAGUGCAGCAAACACGGCGACGACUAUGAAUAUUAGAAAAACAUGUCAAACUGGCAUCACUGGCAAUUAUCCCUACCCAAGAAAUUGCCGUUAUUACUACCGUUGUAUCGAUGGCUACUAUCUACUGCAGGAUUGUGGAUUUAGAAUGUCCUUCGAUGCGAUAGAUAGAUUUUGCAAGAGUACGAAAGUGGCGCAGUGCUUACAGGAAACUAGAAAUGAAAGUUUUUGGUAA